AUGACCAUAUUCGAUGAGAUAAAGCACGUCCAGAAGCUGGCCGAGACGGAGGCUGCGGGUGAUCCCAAUGCUCACGGUCAAUUUCUGGCUGCGAUUCGCAAGCUGCAAUUGGCAGCGGAGAAGCCGAUUGACACAACUUCUCGAGUAAAUUUUCAGGUUAUGCAAAAUAUCUGCGUUCGAGUGGCAAUUGAAAGGAAGCUGCUUCACGCGAUAGCGGAGAAUGGAGAACCCAUAACAUCGGCCGAACUGUCGCGUGUGACUGAUACGGAUGAACUUCUAGUUGUCCGUGUGAUGCGUGUGUUGACCGCAAUUGGCUUUGCCAUCGAGACGGCCAACCAGACCUACGCCGCGAAUGAGACGACUCAUUUUGAGAUCCUCCCGGGGUCAAUUGCCGCCGUGAAGCAUCACUUCGAGCCCGACUUUGGCAUGGGAGCCAAACUAAUCGACUACAUGCGCGGUCCAGGCGUUAGCCAGUUUGCCGAUGAACCCGGCCAACAAACGCUCUUCAAGUAUGCACAUGGAUUUGACAAAAUCUUCGGCAUGCUCGAACAAAACCCGGAGCAAAAGCAGGCGUUCGAUGACUACAUGGCGGCUAGAAGGUUGACCAACCAGCCGCAGUGGUUCGAAACCUAUCCUGCUGCCGAGAGACUGCGGGAUGUGCGAAACUGUCCAGAUUCGGUCCUGCUGGUCGAUGUUGCAGGAGGACCAGGACAGGAAAUUUCGCGCUUCAGACAACGUCACCCGGACAGCCCGGGGAGAAUCAUCUUGCAAGAUCUCCCUCUAACCCUCAAUCGGAUUGAGAAGAUACCAGCGGGGAUUGAACCUAUGGAACACGAUUUCUUCAAUCCGCAGCCGGUCAAGGGUGCCCGGGCUUAUUUCUUCCGGCAAGUGCUGCAUAACUGGUCCGACGCCAAAAGCAAGCAGAUUCUGUCGCACAUCGCCGAUGCCAUGGAGCCAGAAUACUCGACCCUGCUGAUCGCCGACUAUGUGUUGUCGGAUACUGGGGCCGAGCUGAGAGCCGCUGAGAUGGAUAUUCUCAUGUGGCUACAUACUGCCGGUCUCGAGCGGACUGUCUCGCAGUGGAGGGCUUUAUUCAACGCUGUAGGCCUCGAGCUGGUGCAGAUCUGGAAUACCGACAAGGGAGAUGAGUCGGUACUAGAAGUGAAGAAAAGGUUGUGA